CAUCCACUGCAUUUCCCUACUAACUGAUAAGACUCUCUCUCUCUCUCUCUCUCUCUCUCUCCCUGGGCUCUCACGGACCAAAGGAAUCUCAAUCUUUCUAUGCUAUCAGUCGAUCCUUUUUCCCAUCCAUACGAAAAGACCCUCCAAGAAUCUACGAUCAGAUGGUCGUUUUCUUUUUGUUAUCUUUCGCAGAUACUCUAGCCACCAUGUUCACACAUUUCUAAAGGCCCCCCCUUUUUCGCUUUCUUUACCUGCUUCGCUUCGUCCGUUGCAAUAAUGGCUUUCUUUGCUUCCUCUUUUUCCUCUCAAUUCUCGUGUCCUUCGGUGCAAUAUCGACUGGGCUUCCUUUAGUUUUGUAAAUCAAUAUCGCACCGGUUAGUUAUCUCUCUGUUUCAGAUAUCUGUCUUCAUCGAUCUUGCGCUCUUUCUUUCUUUCAGGUAGUCCGAGUGUUCUUUGUUUACUUAAUUGUUCUCCAGGAUUCCUCAUCAUUUUCGAUGUUCCAGGACUUUCCCAUCUUAAAGUAUCGACUUCAUUGCCUGUUCAUCUUCACUUUAUAAGCUCUAAGCAGUGUUUUCGUAUUUUUGCCGGUGAAAUCUGGUUUCCUUGGUCAAUUACGGUAAAAAAUGCCACCUUCGUACUUCCCUCUUAGGUGGGAGAGCACCGGAGACCAGUGGUGGUAUGCUUCACCCAUCGAUUGGGCAGCUGCCAAUGGUCUCUAUGAUCUUGUCAGGGAGCUUCUCCACCUUGACACCAAUCUCCUCAUUAAGCUCACCUCCCUUCGUCGAAUCCGCCGCCUGGAGACAGUCUGGGACGACGAAGCUCAGUUCGACGAUGUAGCCAAAUGUCGCUCCGAGGUUGCUAGAAGGCUCCUUCUCGAGUGUGAAACAAAGAGGGGUCAUAACUCUCUCAUCAGAGCUGGCUAUGGAGGGUGGCUUCUGUACACUGCUGCCUCGGCUGGGGAUGUGGAUUUUGUUAAGGACUUGCUAGAGAGAGAGCCUCUUCUUGUGUUUGGAGAAGGAGAAUACGGUGUUACCGAUAUAUUCUACGCUGCAGCGAGGAGCAAGAAUUCUGAGGUUUUCAGACUAUUGCUUGAUUUCGCUCUUUCUCCGAGGUGUUGCCUUAGCAGUGGAGGUGAAUUGGAGGAGCAGUUGGGUAAUCUUGAUCCAGAAUUUAGGUGGGAGAUGAUGAACCGUGCUGUUCAUGCUGCGGCUAGAGGAGGGAAUAUAAAUAUGUUAAGGGUGCUUCUCGCUGAUUGUUCUGAUGUUUUAGCAUAUAAGGAUGCUCAGGGAUCUACAAUCUUGCAUACAGCCUCUGGCAGAGGGCAGGUUGAGGUAGUAAAGGAUCUAGUAGCAUCCUUUGAUAUUAUCACCUGCACAGAUAAUCAAGGGAAUACAGCCUUACAUGUCGCUGCAUACAGGGGCUUCUUGCCCGUCGUAGAGGUCCUGAUUCUUGCCUCUCCUUCAUUAGCCUCCUUGACAAACAAUUAUGGAGAUACUCUUCUUCAUAUGGCAGUGGCUGGUUUCCGGACCCCUGGUUUCCGAAGACUGGACAGGCAGAUUGGGCUCAUGAAUCACUUGUUAUGCGGUAAGAUUGUGAACAUGGAGGACAUCAUCAAUGUCAGGAACAAUAACGGAAGAACUGCUCUUCACGUGCCAGUUAUUGAGAACGUUCAAUGUAAUCUAGUUGAACUCCUCAUGACCGUCCCAUCAAUUGGAUUGAACAUCCGUGAUGCUGAUGGAAUGACCCCUCUGGAUAUUCUCAAGCAACGGCCACAAUCAGCAUCUUCUGAAAUUCUAAUGAAGCAACUGAUUUCUGCUGGAGGGAUGUUCAAUUGCCAGUAUUACAAGGCAAGAAGCGCCCUUGUUUCCCAUCUAAAAAUGCAGGGUAUUGGGAAUAGUCCUGGAACUUCUUUCAGAAUCCCCGAUGCAGAGAUAUUCUUGUACACGGGUAUUGAGAAUGCUUCUGAUGCCAGUUGUGAUCAGGCAAGCAUGGAUUUGAGUGCUUGCUCAGGCGAAUUCAGUCAGUUUGACUCGAACAACUCCUUGGACAAUAAGAAUAUAGGUUCAGUAAGUAAUGCUGCAAAGCGCCUCAAGUUCCUACUUCGUUGGCCCCGUGGGAAAGAGAAAAAAUCUGCUAGCAGAGAAUUAAGAGAUGAUAGUUCUCUAGAAUCAUUCAGUAUAUCUAGAAACUUGGAAGACAGUCUAAUCCCACUUCGGCAGAAAUACUCAAAGUUUUCCCCCUUUCCGAACAAUAAAAGAACAUUUUCUCUUAGGAGUGAUCUUCCAAGCCCAUCCACCAAAAAGAAAUUCACCCUGGGGCUUAUGCAUGGGGUUAUUAAGGCAAUGCCACAUCUAGGUAAUCCGGCAGACUCCCCUUCAAGUCAUUCAAGAUCAUCAACUUCUUCGCCUAGUUCAAUUUAUAAACAAAAGGGUAUUGAUAUUGCUGGACCCUCGUGUUCAGCUGUGUCAUUUAAUGGUAAAGCGCCACCAAUGAACUACAGACAGAAUUCCUUGGAAAAGAGGUUGAUGAACCAGUAUUUCUGUGUUGGUGCACAAGGCCUGGAUGUUAAAGAUUCAGUUCACUAUGCACAGCCACAUCAGAAUCACAAGCAAUUAAGUUCUCUAGUAGCUUGAUUUGACUGUGUAAAAGAGUGGUGCAUGCUUUUGAGUACAAUUUUUGUGAGCUAAAAUAUUAUUUUCAUCCUCUCUUUCUGCGGUAAAGAUUUUUGCAUCGAAUUACUGCAAGCUUGUUAAUUUGUGUGUAGAAUAUAAUUCUUCGUUGUUUCUAUCAGCUUGGUAUAACUUUUUAACUGAUUGUGAGACAAGAAAGAAGCUGAGAUUAUUGACAAUAUAAGCUCAAACUUUCUUUGGUCA